AAAUGACAUAGCAUAGCAAUGAAAAUGUCAGAAUCCAGCUGCAACAUAUAUCCCGUUCUUUUCGGAUUGGAAAUAAUUUCUUUCAGUUAACGCAUGCUACUUUGCAAAUAGGGCUGAUUCAAGGACACAUUCAACAAUAACAAAAACUUUGGUAACACUACUUAGAAUUUACAUUGGAGGUGCAUCUUUUACCAUUCUAAAGAAUGCUUGGACUUCAAGAAACAAGGUCUGAUGGGAGCCCUGCCACUAAAACAUAUAACUGUGUGGCAUGCUCAUCUACUUUUAAUAGUUUGGCAUCACUCUUGGUACACCAAGCAUCUCAUGCAAAUGAAAUGUCUGGCCAGCCAGAAUCAACACUACCAACCUGUGUCAGCUGUGGAAGCUUAUUUUCAAGUAAAGAUCUCCUCGACAAGCACCACUGCAUGGAGUUGCCCACUCCAGCCUCUUCAGAGUUGUAUAUAUGUGACUGUGGUGAUAUUUUCAGUGGAUUAACUGAUCUUGAGAAACACAAAAAGUUACAUGAACCAGAAGCACAGGUCAGUUCAAAUUUGGAUAGGAUUCCUGCUGAGCUGAGCACUGAAUGCUUAGAAGAUAUCCAGCCAGAGGUCAAAACAGACUCCAGCGACCCUGUCUUAAGCCAUGUUUUCCCCAGUCUUUCACCAUCCAAUUCUAAUGAAGAACCCCUUAUGCAAAGUGAUUCUCCUCUUUCUAAACAAGAAAUCAAGGAUAUAGUAUCCACUACAGACAUGGCUCUCCCUGUGGAAAGCAACAUUUCAAAUCAGCAAGAACAAAAUUUGCCCUUUGGGUCCCCCUCGAACCACUGUGUGAUUGAAGAGCAGGAGCAGUUCCUGGAGAAGGACAGUGACACAGUAAAAUCCAUUAGCAUGUUAAACCAUUCUGUGGAUGACUGUGAAAAAUCACCAGAAUCAUGUAAAGAAUCAACUGCAUUUAAUAAGAAAUCAAUCCUAAAGAUGCUAGCAUCUGCCUACAUGAGUCACAAGCAACCAGACCAAAUGAAACCGGAGCAAACCAAGAGGAACUUGCCCCCCAGGAAAGUUGCACCAAGGGCACCAGUGCAAGCUGUACCAACCAUAACAUUGCCUAAGCCACUACAGAAACCACCUGAAACAAAAAAUAAUGAAAAUAUGUCAUGUUCCUCAGGCACGGUGUUAAAUAUUAAAACUGGAAAGAUGUUGUCGAAGAAGGGGAAGAUUAUAUCUGUGACACAAACUCUCUGCCCUGUGGUGGUGCUUGAUACUCGUCAAAAGCUUUUUAGUAGGGACAAACUGGAAGGCAGACACCAAUGUAGACUCUGCCGAAAGGUUUUCCAAGACCUAGACAGCUUGAUAAUGCAUCAUGCCCUGCAUAAAAAAGAGAGAGUUAAAUUUUGUCUUCGUUGCAAACAAUUUGUGAUAACUGUUAUCUCUGUUCCAAAUAAUCACAUCUGCUCUGGCACAUUUGCUGGAAACCAUCAAUGUUCUCCUCAUGUGGGAAAGAUGUCUCUGACAUUGAACAGCCCUUCAACAGAACAGGCACAAAAACUGUUCUACUGUUCUUUAUGCAAGCGUAGCUAUUCAUGCAUGCGUAACCUCAAAAGGCAUAACUGCCCAUGUAGAGGUACUCUGAUAAGCUCUGCCACUCUAGGAAACCAAGGUAAUGUUAAACUCCAUGGUUUUAAAGAGCAAUACACUACAGUAUUGCAAGAACCAAAAAUAAAGCAAAUGUCAACACAGCAAGUAAAUGUUGGAGUGGGCACAGAACCGAUUAAGUUUGAGGAGCAGAACACAGAAUUUCCUAUAGGAAAAAAAAAUCAGACAGCAUUGAAGAUGCAGUCUCCAUCUCUUAAGACAGGGGGUGAGUUAAAUUCACCAGAACCAUCUGAGUACAUCUUUGCUGGUGUUUCCAACUCCACACUAACUAUAUCAACAAAAACUGAAAAUAUUUUUGAAAUAAAAGCAGAUGAAAAAGAUACAUUUGGAGAAAAGCAGUGGACUAUGCCAUUGGAUGAUACUGAAAUUGAUGUACUAACAGAGGUGGAUCAUGAGGAAGAUGAGGACAAUUUGGCAGAUAAGGCUAAAGAAGAUUGUGAUGAAGAUGAGGAUGUUGUCACUGUAAAACCUCAUGAGGACAAAGAAAUAAAGUCAGUAUUGGCUAGUAGUGGCUUUCAGGUGCAUAUGACAGAGAAAGGUGUGAGGAGGUUUGUUUGCAUUGGAUGCCAGAGAAGCUACUCCCGCUGCUUCACACUAAAGCAGCACUUGAAGAUUUGUGGGGCAAUAAAGUUAAAACAGCUAAAUUAUUUUAAGAAUACAUCAUCUAGUGUUCCUGGGCCUAUCAAAAGUUUUCCAUGUCCUCAGUGUGGCAGGUUCUUCAGCCGCAAAGACAAUAUGAAUUCUCACCAAAAAAAAUGCCAAGCGGGAAACACCAAUUCACCAGUAGGUACAAGAAUUGUGGAGAGUGAAACACAAGCUGCCCAGGAAAACGUAUUUGUUCUGUCUCCGUCCAGUGAAAGCCAAACAGUCAGACAGGAGGGCAGUGCUAAUAGUGGCAGAAACUGGGGCAUUAUGUCACUGCCAUCUGUGCUCCCGAGAAGAGUGACUUGUGAAUGUGGAGCCUCUUUCACUUGUCCUAGACUUCUGUUUGAACACUUGCAAGUUCAUGCACAAGAAUCCUACAUUUGUCCUCACUGUGGUGAGAACGUGCAGUCGUGGAUGGAUUUUGAGGCACAUCAACAAUUGCAUCUGCAGUCUCAAAGCCAAGCAAGUGUGCAAAAAGGGUCACCGAGGCACUCAUUUUCCCAAGUGGCGCAGUCAUCUGCUCCAACUUUACCGGCACAAUCACAUGCUCCAACUCUGCCGGCACAGUCACCUACUCUAACUUGGCUUGCACAGUCACCUGCUCCAACUUGGCCGGCACAGUCACCUGCUCCAACUUGGCCGGCACAGUCACCUGCUCCAACUUGGCCAGCACAGUCACCUGCUCCAACUUGGCCGGCACAGUCACCUGCUCCAACUCCGCCACAGCAGUCUUCAGGUUUUCAGGCACCAGAACUUAGCGUACAAGGACAACCACCUGCUCUCCGUACACAACAACAUUUGAACCAGACACGACCUCUAGAGACAUUAGUUUGCCUAAGAUGCAAAAAGACCUUCAGUAGCCGCAAGUCUUUGUUAAGACACCUAAGAUUGAAUUGCAGAGGUGAUGCUUCAGGCCAGAGGAAGCACUCCUGCUCUCAUUGUGGUAUGACAUUCCAAAAUCCUUUAACCCUUAAAGUUCAUGUUCAGAGCAAUACCUGUAAACCCACGUUUAAACCUAUUCGUUGUCCAGUGUGUGUGCAUUGGUUCAGUAGUCUAGAUGGACUGAAGAGACACCUACUCUCACACAGCAAGCAACAAGGUUUGAAGUGUCAGAUAUGUGACCAUUAUUGUCCAAGUCCUCAGGCACUUGAGGAACAUAAGAGAAGCGUUCAUACAAUAAACAGAAUUACAUCAGUAAAUGAAAAACAGGAACCAUUGUGCGAAGCUGGUUCGCAGAGCAGCACAUCAGCAGCUUUUCAAUGUCACAUUUGCCUUCGCAAUUAUCCAAAGCUUCAAUCACUGAAGGAUCAUGUAAGGAAGGUUCAUCGCCCAAAAGAUAAAAAACAAUCUAAUUUGAAAACCGUAGACCAAGUCCGUCCCGGGCAGUUUCAGUGUCAGAUCUGUUUGCGCAACUAUCCUAGUUUAGUAUCCUUGAAAAACCACAGAAGAAGAGUGCAUCGUAUUCUAGGUGGUGUGUUUCAGUCAUCAAGGGGAACUGAGCAAAAUCACACACCCAAUCAGUUUCAGUGUCAGAUUUGUGCACGCAGCUAUCCAGAUUUAAUGUCCCUAAAAAAUCACAGAAGGAGGGUCCAUCGUAUCCUUGGAGGUCUUGAGCUCAACGCAGUCCAACACAAUCCUUACAAGUGUCAAAUUUGCCAACGCAGCUAUCCCGAUGUAGUCUCACUGAAGAAUCACAGGAGAAGGGUUCAUCGUAUAUUAGGGCCCGUGCCUGAAACAACAACAAUGGUUGACACAAAAGAUCCUCUGCAGCAGAAACUGUCUAAUCCCUUCCUGUAAAUACACAGAUAUUUCCAUGCUUUAAGUGAUCAUAAAAGGUGGAUAUACUUGCUUGCCUUCACUUUAUUGCUGUAUAUGUAUAUUUAAAAAAAAAUAGUUUUUGGAGGUAAAAUUUGUACAUUAUUCUGACCAUACCAUAUUAGGACAGCAUCUGUGGGUACCUAACAUUUCUAAAGAGUAGUAAAGAUAGUAUUCAGUAGUUUUAAACCAUUAAUCAAAACCUGUUCAGUAGUUGAACAGUUUUUUUUUAGCUUCUUGUUAUUAGAUUAUUCAACUUAUUUUAUCGGUGUUUCAUAAUGUUGCCUUAAUUUAGUCUAUUAAACCUAGAUUUGUUUUUUCCCACUACAUACGUGUGAAGACUCCAAAUAGAUAUUCUUCAUGAAUGCACUGUAAAAUAGUUCUUUACAUAACUGUUUUUGAGAUAGCCACUGUGUAUUGUUAGUGUAUGGUAAUAAUACAAUUUUGAUGUAAACAUGUUCUAUCAAUAAACACAGAAGUCACACCUUCGAAAGUCUUCAGUUACUAAACCAUUGUGGUCUUGCACACAGUAUUACUUCUUUUUUAAGAUUAAACUUUAAACACAAAGCAAUAGUAAUUCUUGCUGGUCAUAUCUAAAUGAUAAAGAAAGGUUUGGCGAAUAGACACAGAUGAACUGGUAAUACUGAUUGUGACCAUCCUUAAACAUAUUUUAAACAUGACCUCCUG